AUGUUUGGGAAAGAAAAACAACAAGAUGUGCAUGAGUGUAAACUUAAGACGGCAAAAGAAGAUACUCAGAUAUUUCUUCAGUCCUUAACAAUGGUGAAAGCAGUUGUUGGAGAAGAUACUAGGCUCACUUCUGCUGAAGAUCGUCUCUCUCAGUCAGCUAUUCCUGCUGAGGUGGGUCUUGUGAUAGGGAAGCUUAGCUCUGCUCUGGAUCGAGGAUUUGUGUUUGAUUUGAUCCCAACACCGAGCAACGAUGAUGGAAAUCCAGCAUGCUCGGUUUUGGAGAACAGAGAUGAUAAAAAGAAGCCAUCCAAGUCAAAAUCUCAGUCAUCGGAGUCAUCUUCUCUAUCGAUCGAUUCCGAUUGGGUAGCUGAACAUGCCAGACAGGUAUCGAGAAUGCUUUUGGGUGGAGUGAAGGUGGUUGGUAUCUAUGUAUGGGCUAGUGAAAGUGCUUUCAAGAACUCAACUUUGAUCCUGUGUCAGGCUAUUAAGGGUGUUACAGAUGCAAUACGGCAUUUGGAUCCUGGCUUGGACGAAGCUCUUCUCAUUCACAUUUGUUACAGUCCAAGGAGAUGGAAUUGUCGGACUUGUUUGUUGAACUCAAGUAUCACAUCAAGUAGCCUUCGACCUUGUGAGUUUAAGCUGGGAAGGGUAUUGAGUUCUCUACAGAGGUUUAAGUGCAGCUACAGCUUUAAUUUCAGAUUACCAAUUUACUCUGGGGGUAAGUCAGCUGCCAGAACAUUUUCUGAGAUUCUCCGUCAAGAACUUGUAAUUCACGCAGAAGAGCUGGAGAGUGCAAAUGCAAUGAUUGAUGGAGAUUUGGUGCAUAACGAUGAGCCUUGCAACACGGAGGGAGAGCAUGAGAUUGAAUUGCUAUUCCCAUUCAUGAAAGAUAGUCGAGCUGAUGCAUCAACUGCAAAGAAUGUUACUGGAAUUAUACUCUUCGGUGGAUCAGUAUUCUCUUAUGCCUAUUUGAACGCUAAAGAACCAGUUUCACAAGCUGUUGCUGAUAUUAAGGCUGACAUCAUUAGGAGUCUGCAAAGUAGACUGGACAUUAUCUGUGAUGAGGCUGAGCAGGAUCUCAAUCCAACUGAUGUUGGAGAUAACGAAGAAGCUGAGAUGUCGAAAAUGCCCGUUUCCAAGUUCAUUUUCAACUCAUCGACAAAAGCAUGUCAUCUUCGUCUUCCCAGGAGAGUUCUUGUUCCGUGGUUGGCCGGUACAUACAUCUGCGAUUAUCUACAGCCGUUUGAAACACUGGAGGUGGUGAAAGAACGUUGUAUUGAGUUAAUGUCCAUGGAACAUUCGUCUCUUGACGCAUCAAAGAUUUCAGAAGUGGAAACCGAAACGUCUCUAUCGGCGGCGGAAUCAUCAAUGUGGGAUGUGAUAUCCUCUGCGUCUUCUGCUUCCGGCUUUGGCUUGGAAGGGAAUGUUGAGAGGAAAAGCCGUGAAGACGGUAGCAAGAGAACCGGUGACGCCAGUGAUGCAACCAAUGUUCCGAUUCUGGUAGCGGUUUUCGUGCUUUUGCUCUCGGUUAUAUUAGGAUUCAUGUUUUACCAGUGGGAUUAG